AUUGUGUACAGCGCAACAUACCGUCAAACUUCCGGCCGCGUCUGCAUCGCCAUCAUGACCUGUCAACGAAACCGUCUUCCCGUAGAUCAGUCAUCAAGCCCAGUAGCGUGGCACAAUGGCGGAGUACUGCCAACAACACUAGGAGACUUUGUCUCUUUACAAAAUAUAUCUUCUGAGACCUUGAGCUGUGUACGAGGGGAUCUUCUCCCUCUCGGUACACACUCCUACAUCGACCGCUUGCAAGGAACACUUGCCAUCAUCAUCGCACCUCCUCGUGAGUUGGCCAAAUAAAUACCCGACGUCCUAGAAGCGCUUAAG